UCAGUUACGCUAACCCAUUGGAUCAAGUCGGACGUAGGUCGAGUCGAAAUAUAUGUAUAAGGAAUUUAAAGUUUAUUUAACAAUAUCAAAGUAGUGUUUAGAAUUUAGUUAUUAUAAACUAAAUAGGUUUAAAGUGAAGUAAUAUAGUAUUUUGGAAUUAUUCUGCUUGGAAUCUUAUUAGGUGAAGUUUUUUUUGUUGUAGUAAAAAAGUGCGGUGCGGUACCCAGUGUUCCGUGUGAAAAUCUGUGGCAUUUUGUGUGAUUUAUAUAAUUUAUUUGGCCACGAACAGUGUUGUGAAACUAACUGUUUAGUAUUUGGUAGCUUACUAGGCCUGAAUACUAAAAAGCAGCCUCGCCCGACCGACCGGUUUUUCAAAGUGAAAGAUGUUACCUCGGAAAAGGAAUAGGGGUCUGCUGGCGCUGGCGCUGAUGCUGCUGGUGCAGUCUUCUCACCAACACGGCUCUGGAGCACCUCCUGGGUCAUGCCUGAACCAACUCCCUCGGCAUCCCGACAUCGAGCCACAGACCUCAGUGCCACCCUAUGUGGUAGUGACGUCAUCAUCGCAAGUCCGACAGGGGGAUAAGCUCAGCGUCAUGAUUGGCAGCCAGCCGGGUGCGCCCGUGCCUAUUGGUGGAUUCAUUCUGCAGGCUAGACAAGUGCAGAACCCAGAUAAAAUUGUGGGCAAGUUCCUGACAGUUCCCGACCCCGAAGACACGCAGAUCAUCAGCUGCCGCGGAGAAAACGACACAGUCACGCACUCCAACCCUAAGGACAAGCCGGCACAGACUUUCCUGUGGCAAGCGCCAACAGACUUCCUUGGAGGAAUCGAGUUCAGAGCAACAGUAGCGCAAAGCUACGCGACCUUCUGGAAGAACGUGGAGUCGGCAGUAGUGGAAGUGGUGACCCCAGACACCGUGAUCACCUCCACGGCUGCGCCCACCACCACUCAGAGAACUACUGUUGCUCCUCCUGUCGUCAUGGAAUCUAAGCCAAGAGCAGUUCCUACUCAAAUGGACACUAUCUACCAAGGUUGCGCCGACACCAAGCUCUGCUACGGCGUGCCCCAGAACUGCCUGAACGCCGGCAACUGCAAGGCCGUCGUGGCCAUCUUCGUCGCUGGCGACAAAUACACCUUCGAGGUCCAGGGAACUGACAACCCUAAAUAUGUCGCCGCUGGUCUCAGCAUGGACAAUAAGAUGGGAGAUGACAGUGCCAUGGAAUGCGUCAGGAACGACAACGGAAGAGUCAGUCUCUUCACCUCCUGGACUUACCCCAAAGCGGAACCCUACGUACGAAGAUCUGACUCACCUCAGGAUAUCGUUCAGCUGUUGGAGUCUUCUGUGAUCGAUGGGAAGCUGUAUUGCAAGUUCACGAGGGAUGUGGAAUCUAAGGUUAUGGGACAGACUUUCAACUUGGCUACGACAAAGUACAACUUGAUGGUGGUUUCUGGAGAUAGUAUGAAAGAUGCCGAGCGUGUAGGAUUCCACAGCCUUGCGUACGAGUCGACAGGCGAACCGCUCGCCCUGUCCAGUGUGGGUGCAGCCGCGGGCGCCUCCAAACUGCUGCUGAAACUGCAUGGAAGCUUCAUGAUCGCCGCCUGGUUAGGAAGCGCUUCGUUGGGCAUUUUGCUGGCACGGUAUUUCAGACAGACGUGGGUUGGAAAGCAGUUAGGUGGAAAGGACAUUUGGUUCGCUUACCACCGAAUGCUGAUGGUGCUGACGUGGCUGCUGACCGUGACUGGCUUCAUCCUGAUCCUUGUGGAGGUCGGCGGCUGGUCCACGACGGGAGACAACCCUCAUGCUAUCACCGGCAUCGUCACAGUAGUACUGUGCUUCAUACAACCUAUUGGUGCUUAUUUCAGGCCACACCCUGGAACUAAGAAGAGGCCUAUCUUCAACUGGGUGCAUUGGCUAUUUGGCAACGCCGCGCACAUUUUAGGCAUCGCAACAAUCUUCCUGGCGGUGUACCUUCAGAAGGCAGAGCUGCCUCCGUGGAGCGUGUUCGUGCUGGCGGCCUUCGUGCCUUCCACGUCAUCAUGCAUUGUUCUUUCCCUAACUGUGUGCGUGUCGGAGGGCAAGAUCAGCCGCAGUCCCGUGAACGUGUUCCCUAUGAAGGACAUGAUGGGACAGCAGCGGCAGGCGUCGCAGGUCGACAGGAGUAUCGACGCACCGUUCUCGAGCUUCCGUCGCCUACUCCUCGGAAUCUACGCGCCAAUUAUCCUCAUAUUCGUCGUAGCCAUGAUCUGCCUAGUCGCACUGGCGCCCAUUGGCGACACCUACAAUAACAUCAUGGGAGCUUGAAGCUUAACACGUUAGAUAUAAGACUAGUUUUAGGCUGAAAAUGAUAGGCGCACUUAGGUCUUUUCACAAGUACACAUUCAAUGUUGAAAUGUUCCAGAAACUUCUUGGAAGCUAUACUUGGCGUAAAACUAAAUGGUGACUGAACUGAUGUUAUAGUACUAUCCCUUUCUAUCACACUGGGUCUCCAUUAGCAUGAAAGAGAUAGCAAUACGACUUCGGUCGCCAGUUAGUUUUGCGACGAGUAUAGAAAGCUUAGAUGCAAAGUUUAGGUUAUAAUGACUUGGAACUUUGUCAAAGUGAGAUCUGAUUAAUUUUUAAAGUUUUACAUCUGAUAAUAUAUCAUAUCGAACUAUACAAUGUAGGUACUAAUAUCGCAGUUUAAAAAAUGUGGUUCGUGAUUUUAUGAUACUUUUGCUCAGUUAUGAAUCCGUCCAUAAAAUCAAAUUUUGAUAUACAUAUUUAUAGUGGUUAGAAAAAUUUUCAAGUUGUUCAUGUUCAACGAUGCAUUUUAUGGUUGUGUUUGUGCGUCGAAGCGUGCGACUGGCUUAGGUCCGCAUAGAUGGCGCCAUAGCUUGUUCCCCAAAGUUCACAUGAGAUUUGGACCAAAUUUCGCAAAAAAAACCUAGAGAUUGGGAGGGCAUGCUAUGGUGGCGCCAUCUAUUUAAUACUUCGACGGGAGGGCCCCCAUUUGAGUGAAUUUUUCACUAGUUUAUAACAAUAAUUAUGUAUUUAAAAAUAUUUUAAGCGGGUUACUCAUGGCGUUCGCGUCGGUAUAAAUAUUUUUAAAUAUGUAUGAGUCUCACGGGAGUUUUAUAAUAAUUAUGUACCUUAGUAUGAUUUAGUCUAUGGAUAUUUCUUUGAAUGAUAUACUAGUUUUUACGUAUUUCACGAAAAAAAGCAAAGAAACAGUAUUCCACCCUAGUGUUGUAAAACGAUCAAUUUUGAACAGAUUUUAUAGCAAUUUUAAAUCAAUAUAUUUAUUAAUAUUUGAAUCUCUUGUAGGAAAUAAGUAAAUAAUUAUAGUAAUGGUCACUUUCGUAAAGAAACUGCCACGAUUCAGUUAUACAGUUGUAUAGUAUACAGAUGUAGUGCAAAUUGUUUUUCUUUCGUGUUUUCUCGGAAACUCACGAACUUGUCAUGCUAUUUCAGUCAGGCUCAGUACAAUACGACCGUGUCCGAGAAAAUACGACGGUUAACCAUUAUGCACUAUAUCUGUACCGCUAUCUAUAAAUAAAAAAUUGCAAUUAUUUUAAAAACAUGUAUUUACUCUUUAUUUCUUUCUUUUCUUAUUAAAAUCUUUUUUCUUUCUAAUCCACAGACACCGUUCACACUACACCGCGCGGUUGUAGUGUGAACGUUCUAGUACUAUGCUAUUAAAAGAAGAUCCGCGCGGUUUCCGCUGUGUCUGAACUAGCACUAAAAUCCCUUAUAUAUUAUGUAUUACCUUACUUGUCUUGUUCUGAUUAGACUAUAGUUUUCACAAAAUGUUCAAGGUACCUAAUUUUUUAAACAAUUAUACAGAUACAGACACUGCCAUUUUUUAUAAGUGGCCCAUGUUUUAUUAGUCAUUUUCAUGGAAAUUUUAUGCUUGAAAACUAUAAAAUAGAUUAUACAUUGUAAAUAUUUGUUAAUACAAAAUUAAACAACAGAUGAAAUGCA